CUCAAGAAAAGACUGUCAGUCGAGUUUGGUGCUUCAAACCUAUUAUAGCCUCAAACGUAUGGUUCUCCAGUUGUACAUAGAUAGACAAAUAUACGAGUUAUAAAUUUAAGGGAACUGCUCUCCGAUACCACAUACGGUAGUAACGAUGGUUUACAUGCAAAUUUUGGCAGUGGCUGCAAUUUGUGUGGUUACUUGUCAGGCAAAUGAGGAACGAAAAAGCGGUGGAUUGCAAGGGUCAAACCUGGCUAAGCAAAUUCAGGACAUUUAUACAAUUUGCAAGGAUAAGAAGGCAGUCUGCGUGGGGAUGCCGCAAAAUUGCAUAUCCACCAACUCGUGCGUCUACAUGGCGUCGAUUGAACAAAGCACAGAUAAUAAGCACACUUUCAAGAUGGUGGAUACAGCAGCUACUCAAGGAUAUUACGUUGCAGUUGGAAUUUCGGAAGAUGGAAAAAAUAUGAAAGAUACCAGUCUUGUGGCCUGUUCUUCUUCCAAUAUGGAUGUUUUUUGGGCUGUUGGGGCAACAUCUCCGUCAAAGGUUACAAAUAAGCCAUAUUUCCAAAACAAAGAACAUUCUGCUUCCAAUGGAAAAAUUUACUGCGUGUUUGACUUGGAUUCUUCAUUUGACGAACAUGGAGUGAAAUUCGACCUCCAAAAGAAAAAUUAUGCUGUGCUUUUGGCCAGGGGUCCCCUAAAACCCGAUGGAAUCAGUCCUGGUUAUCAUGAUGAAAAUAAGAAAAGAUUUGGACCAAUGCGACUGUCGUCGUCAAGUGGAAGUUUCUCUUCUCCGAUGUUGCUUGUCACUGCAACACUUUCACUUAUGAUUGCCAGGAUCAUACAUUGAAUGAAGGAGGAUUGAUUGUUUCAUUGGUUGUGUAUGUAUGUACAGCAUGGACAAGUUAAAAGAAUAAUAAAGUUCAUUUUUCAGUCGUCAUAA